AUGGAUAUAAAUUCACUUCUCUCGCCGGAUUCGAAUUCCAAGUCUGGAAAUUCGACACCCGUGCCCGGUCCUACCUCGAACAACGCACCAGCCACCUCUACAGGGCCAUCCCCCCACAAAGCUCUUCAGAGAACUCGGUCAGGCUCAAGACGGAAAGGAAAAACCUCCUCGCCUCUUGCACAACAGGUCUACGUUCCUAGCGGAGAACCUUCGCCAGGACCUAGUGGAGGGAAUGGGACUUCCCCGACCGAAGCGCCGUCAAGACAACCCUCUACGCCAGGCAUGGACACUCUAGCAGAUCUCGCCUCAAUGCAGCACCACCAACCCCAACGUCCAACUCCGACAAGCAUGCUCCGCAGUACUGAGUCCUACGAGCACCAGCUAUCCCCAUCUACUAUUCACCCACAUGUCAACUCCGUCAACCACAACACUCCUACCUCACGUAUUUCCUUCGAGAUUGCCAUGUCGGAUGGGCGCGAGGGCCCUGCGCAGCGAACCUACGCUGCGACUUCGCUCGACCCGGAUGCGCAGCGGAUGGCGACCGAACUUUUCCAUCAGAUUUCACUCAAUCCCCACACACACGACGCGCACGUUCAAUUUAUCGGAUUGUUGCAUGCUGGAUUCGUCAACCAUGUCUACCCACCGAAUAACCCAGAUGUUCACGGUGACCCGCGACGCUAUGAUCUGCUCAAUGAUCUGAAAACGGCGCGUGAAGAGAUGGACAAGCUUUUCGCCAUGGGCGAAGACCUUUGGGCGGAAUGGAUCCAGGAUGAGAGUAUGUUAGCUCAGGAUGUCGACGGACGCAUUGCUGUUCUGGAACUUUGCCAGCGAUCUGUCGAGGAGGAGUUCGGCAGCACAAAGUUGUGGAACAUAUACGGUGAAUGGGUGCUUUAUCUCUACAAUUCCGCCCAUGGCGUAGCUGGUUCCCUUCAAUGGACUGAAGAGGAUCGCAUGGUCGGGCGCGAGGUGUUCACGUGGGAGUCGGUCAUAGAGGUGUGGCAGCGCGGCGCCGAUGCUACCAAAUGGAGAAUCAACAACAGCCACAUGGUGUGGGAUCGCCUUUUGGAUCUCUAUGCCCAAGACAUUGCUCGCGCUCCUUCCCAAGAGAAAAUUAACCAUCUCCACGGACUUUACGGCCAUCGCUUGCAAACUCCCCAUGCUACUUGGGACCAGACCUUCCAGAACUUUUCAGGCUUCAUUUCGACCUAUUGCAACAGCAAGUAUGAGGAAAUAAUGUCUGAAACUGUUGUCCGCGCUUCCGAGCCCAAGGCUCUUUACACCGCGCGAGAGGAAUUUGAACACCGAUUGGCUAAGGCUCAAGAGUCUGGCGAUCGCAGGAUUGAAUGGUCAGCAUACUCUGAGUACAUCGAUUGGGAACUGACGCGCAAUCGUCGGAAACGAGGAGACUUCAGCUUUGACUUAGUGAAUGCCAUCUAUCAGCGCGCCGUUCUUCACUUCCCCACCGAUGUUUCGCUUUGGGAGGACUAUGUGAUGUUCUUGAUCGGCGAAUCUCUCCAUCGUCGCGCCUCGACGACGACAAUCUCCACUUUAGAUCGCGCGACGCGUCAUUGUCCAUGGUCCGGAAAUUUGUGGUCACAGUAUCUGCUGAGCUCAGAAAGAGAGAACCAAUCUUUCAAUAAGAUCUCGAGUAUCAAGCACAAGGCGACUAGCACUGGGCUGCUUGAUGCUGGUGGCUUGGAGGAGGUUUUGAAGGUUCACGUCACGUGGUGCAGCUAUCUCCGCCGACGCGCCUUUUUGUCCGACUCAACCGACGAAGACCUCGAUGUCGCAGAAGUUGGAAUCCGUUCAGCUAUUGAAAGUGUGCAAGAGCUGGGCGAAAAGAAGUAUGGCCCAGCGUAUCAAGGCGAUCCUCUCUUCCGCCUGGAGCGGAUUUACAUCCGCUUCCUCAGCGAAAGUGGUAGCUGGGACAGUGCACGAGAAACUUUCAAGGGGCUAGUGGCUCGCCGUGGCAACAGCUACGAGUUCUGGCUCACCUACUAUGGAUGGGAGUUGAUUUGCUGGAGCAAAUUUGUUCAAGGCGAGGCGACAGUCGACGCAGCACGCCGAACCCCCAAUCCUAGCUAUGCUACUGCUGUGCUGAAACAAGCCAUCAAGAGAACAGAUCUUGACUGGCCGGAAAAAAUUGUCCAGACAUACGUUACCCAUUGCGAGGACUAUGAGGACUCUGAUGAGCUGCAGCUGGCUGUCAUUGAAACCCGGAAAGCAAUGCGAGCUGUUACUUCCCGAAGAGAUAGGGAAGCACAAGAGGCAGCCGCAGCCGCAGCAGCACAGCAGCAACAACAGCAGCAGCAACAGCAACAGCAACAGCAGUGGGAGGCUGCGGUAGAGGCAGUUCCUUCGCCCGAAAAGAGAAAACGCGAAGACGAAAAGGAUGAGAUGCCGGAAACCAAAAAGGUCUGCAACGAACAGGUAGCCGGGGAGGUUCCCGGUCUCGCACGGGAUCGGGAGAAUGCGACCGUAAUCGUCAAGAACUUGCCUAAAGGCACCACCGAGCACUCCGUUCGGCAAUUCUUCCGUCAUAUCGGUACUAUUAACAGCGUCAAAAUGCUCCAGCGAGAAGAGAAAAACUCCGAGGUUGCGGUCAUCGAGUUCGAAACCAAGGAAGAGGCUCUCGCGGCUCUCACUCGUGACCAAAAACACUUCAACGACAGCGAGAACGUCAUCGAUGUACAAAUUGGCUCGGAGACGACGGUUUGGAUCACGAACUACCCGCCCACUGCAGAUGAAGAUUAUAUCCGCGAUCUCUUUGCUAAAUAUGGCGAAGUACUCGAAAUUAGAAUGCCGUCCCUCAAGUUUGACACUGCUAGACGCUUCUGCUAUUUGCAGUUUGAUACCGCGAGCGCCGCUCACCACGCAACCGAGCUCCACGGAAUGCGAUUCGACAAUGACACGAGACUCAGUGUAAAGAUAUCCAAUCCCGGAGAAAAAACCGCUCGCACCGGCCCUAGAUACGAAGGACGAGAAAUCUAUGUUUCGAACAUUGCCUGGAACGCCAAUGAAAGGGAUUUGAAACAGCUGUUCUCCAAAUUCGGCAAAGUCGAAAAGCUCGUAAUCGAGCGAAAGGCUGACGGCGGCAGUAAAGGCUAUGGUUUUGUCACCUUUUCUACCAAGGAAGCCGCCGACGACGCUGUCUCAAUGAACGAACAACCGUUCAAAUCACGUCCUCUUCUUGUCGAAAUUGCUUCCACCGAUGUUGCUCGACGUGGCACUCGGACCAUCAUCUCACGGGUUGCGGCGCACCCAUCGACCUACGGUGUGAAUGGAUUUGAAGUGCCGGUUGGUGAACAUGCGCAGCGCACACUUGCUCUGAUGAAUGUUCCGGACACCGUCAACCAAGCUCGCAUCCGGGCGCUUGCUGAACCAUUCGGCCACUUGGUUUCGAUUACUCUGCGCCCAGACCAUCAGGGUGCUAUCGUGGAAUAUGUCAACAUUCAGGAUGCGGGCAAAGCCACUUUGGCGCUCGAAGGGAAGGAGAUCGCUCCUGGGCGCCCCCUUCAUAUCGGCACAGUUCGCGAGAUGAUGGAAUUGGAGCCAGAGGUUAAAACAAGCCGGGUCACGUCCGUCAAGCACGAAGACAAGACGAAGAAGACGACUCUCCAGCCCACGGGACCAAUUCGACGCCCACAGCAGCCUGGUGCUCGAAAGGGUGGUAAGGGUGGUCUUGGAUUCAAACGACAGACUGCACCUCACGGUCCGACUAAAAGUGCCCCAUCCGGCGAAGACGGCGACAAAAUGGACACGACGACCGACGGCGCAAGCAAACUGAAAAAGAGCAAUGAUGAUUUCCGCGCUAUGCUCCAACAAAAGCGCCCGGAAUAA